ACCAAUCGGCAGGUUCGCCGGGAGACCAGCUGCUGUCCGUCCGAUCGAAUUAUUAAAUAGGACGGUUUUCAGGCAGAAGUUGCACGUUCUUUUUGUGUUCUGGUUUCUUAUUUAACUGUGUGGUUAGCUGAAGCUCGCUUAAUGGUUGUGAGUAAAUGUUUGUUUUUGGUUAUUUGAUCAAUAGUAAAUUUCUCCGAAUAGUAAAAUUGUAAUUAGUGAUUAAAUUAAUUGACAAGCGAACUCAAUAACGUUAGCUCCCGUUUGAAACAACGCGCCAGGUCACUCAUUCACGGAUUUAAAGCGCAAUUUAAUAGUCAUGACGAACCAGGAGAUGCGGUUAAAUCACACUAUUUACAUCAACAACUUGAAUGAAAAGAUCAAAAAAGAUGAACUGAAGAAGUCGUUGUAUGCUAUAUUCUCCCAGUUUGGACAAAUUUUGGACAUCCUUGUCUCUCCUUCACUGAAGAUGAGGGGGCAGGCCUUCGUGAUCUUCAAGGAGAUCAACAGUGCUUCCAGCGCACUCCGCUCUAUGCAAGGCUUUCCCUUUUAUGAUAAACCUAUGCGUAUUCAGUAUGCAAAGCAGGACUCUGAUAUCAUUGCAAAAAUGAAGGGCACAUAUGUGGAGCGAGACCGUAAGAAAGAGAAGAAAAAGCCUAAAGCCCCUGAAGCAGGUGCUGGGAAAAAGGCUUCUGCUGCCAUGGCCGGAGUACCUGCAGCCAUGCCUGGAAUGCCACCCCUGAGCCAAGCCCCUCGUAUGAUGUCAAUGCCUGGUCAGCCUCCCUACAUGCCUCCCCAUGGCAUGAUGCCGCCUCCUGGUAUGGCACCUGGGCAGAUGCCUCCAGGUCAGAUGAUGCCAGGACAAAUGCCCGGCCAGAUGCCACAGCAGGUGUCAGAAAACCCUCCCAACCACAUCCUGUUUCUCACCAAUCUCCCCGAGGAGACGAACGAGCUCAUGCUGUCUAUGCUGUUCAACCAGUUUCCUGGAUUCAAAGAAGUCCGUCUCGUCCCUGGUCGCCACGACAUCGCCUUUGUGGAGUUUGAUAAUGAGGUGCAGGCGGGUGCAGCCAGAGAAGCUUUGCAAGGCUUUAAGAUCACACAGAGCAAUGCAAUGAAAAUCUCAUUUGCAAAGAAAUAACACUUGUGUACAUGCAGCUUCUAUGAUAAAUGACAGUUAUACA